AAACUAUUUGAGGAAAUGACGUCACUUAGUUACUGUAACUAUCGAGCCCACACACUCUUCUGUGCAGCAAGCUGAACAGCAGAAAGUGUCUCUUUUAACUCUUAUCUUCAACGUUUAUCUUUAUGAACAACAUUUGGAGAUUUAAAGCGAAACAAAAUGAAGUGCGUCAGCUCUGUGUUUUGGAGACUUUGCCUGACAGUGUCGCGGUCCCGCAUGUUUUUGGUGUGAAUGUCAAAAGGCCCUGUGACUUUUCCUGUUGUUCAUGAUUUCUUCGACAAGGAUUAAGGGUUCCAUUGAAUGAGGGCACAUUUGGAAGACACAAUACAAACAUGUACAGCCCCAAAGAGCUAGAGGGAGAAGUUGACCACUCGUUCUUUGACAGUGACAGUGAAGCUAAUAGACUUGAUGGUUCUGAGGAUGGGCGGCUCAAUAAACAGAAGGCCUCAGAACGACAUGAUGAGAGAACAGGAAAAGAGACACAUGUUUCAAUGGAUCAGAUAGGGAGUGAAGUUCAAUGUGGGAGGAACACUAGAGUUAAAGCCAGACUGGAGGAUGGUUCAAACCAGCAGGGCAGACAUGGACGGAGUGAAGAGACAGAAAAUGAAAGAGAGCGACAAAGUAGUGAUGUACUUUUCAAAGGCUCCUCAACACUCCCAAGUGCCACAAGCUCAGAGACUAUGAGCAACAGCCAAUCAGAUGAAGGAUCUAGUGUGCAUUCGUACUCAUCUGAUGAGGAAAGAGAGCUGGAUGAGAAGCAUGCUGCUUUUAAACCCAGGAAAACCAAUGGUAAUGUUAACAGUGAUGAUGAUGGAUACCAUCGUAGUAACGAUGAAAGUGAGGACGAUGUGAGAUCAACAAAACAUAAGAGAUUGUCCCAUGGAACACCAAAAAAAUCUGCUGGUAAAUUCCACAAGCUGAGCCGCAGCCGCUCGUCAUCAUUUGAUCCCGAGUCCUCCAACAGUAGUGAAGAGAAAGGCUCAAUUCGCUCGCAGAAACAUCAGCGGGUAGGUUCGGCUAACCAGAAAGAGCGACAAAAAGAAGUGGCAGAAUCUGAAGACACAGUCACUGAUGUUACACCUCUCUCGACACCAAAUGUUAGUCCUUACCAGUCCAUUGAUGUGGUUCUGCCCUCUGAACCCUUGGCAGCAGAUGUUCAACAGCAACAGCCCAGUGUUGCGGAUGAGACGGUUGUGAAUGAUGUUUCGGACGGUCAGAGCAGUAUAAGUUCUGAAGGAGAGAAUGGAUCAGUGUUUUUAAAAGUAGAGAAGCAGUUAGACAGAGUACUUGUGGUCUCCAGCCCUGGCAGUGUUGGCAGCAGCCGUAAGAACUAUUCCUUCUCAAAUGAAGAGGUACGGGAGAUCGACCUGGAGAAUCAGCGGCUACUACGUCAACUAUCCCAUUCCACGGCACGUUCGCAUACCGGCAGCUCCGCCUGCUCCAAAACCAGCAGUCGCAGGAGCAGUACACCAACUAUACGCCUUUAUCACAGCGCCCUCAACAGACAACGAGAGCAAGAGCGAAUCCAGAAGGAAAACCUGGCAUUUCUGAAGCGUCUAGAAUCUGUGAAGCCCACUCCUGGCAUGACCCGAGAUGAGCAGCUAGCUGAUUAUCAGCGCCAGAGCCGAUACCUGGGAACACGCGUUACAGCUCUUCCGCCAGUCAAACUCAAAUCCAACAAGACAUCUGGGAGGACUUCUAGAUCUGGCAGUAGUCCUCACAAAGCUAGACCGGAAACUGCUAAACUCAGCAGAGUAAAACCGCGGCCUGCAUGGUCCUGAUCCCCAAAAUUUUCCUUCUCUUUCUCUGCUCCCGACCCUUUCACUUAUAUAUUCUGCUCUGAAUGUAAGUACAAAAUAUGACUUCAGGUCACAAUGUGAAACUUUCUGGACAAACUGCUUGAGCUCACAUUAAUUUGUCUAGAUAUGGAAUGAUAUAAAAAUGAAAUUUGUCAGAUAAUCUACACAGCUAAAUGUUUGACGUUAAUUACUUGAAAAUGUGUGGCUUAUAUACAUUUUAGAUAUUGUUGUAGACUAAAUAAAUUCAAUCAAAACUGUUUGGGGACCAUAAAGUGUGACAUUCCAUUUUCUGAGACAUUCAAAAGUAAACCAGUGCCUAUAUUUGACAUACAACAAAAAGAACUUAUAUAUGUUUAAGCUUUGUAUAAUUUUAAAGUCACUGUUUCUGUGAUCAGAAUAAUUAAUUACAUGACAGGUUUGUUGGAAACUAAAUUUUAUGUGAAAUAAAUGCUUUAUCAGUUAUGGUGA